GCCGCGUCGCGAUAUUCCUCGGAGCGGUGAAGGGACGCGUGCGUCAGACGAAAAAAAGAGAUAAAAUUCCGGAAAAGUGCGAGAGUAACGGAGUAGACGGACAAUCCGACGAUUUCCAUCCGCGAAUAGUCUUGCGCCCUCGGUACAACGUGAACUGGAUUCGAUAAAAGUGGUUGUGUCGCACCUAUUUAACCGAAAUGUCGGGUGAAAGCUGGCGAAUUAAUCGAAAAAACAGCAGUUUCCGGUUAAUUUUCCACUGAUUCGAGGGAAAUCGGCGGUUUCGGGGGCUCAAUCGGGCUUGCGGGGGACAUACACCUCUUUGUGGGUCGAGAGAGGAAAACAGCUUGGACUCGGGGGGUUUAGCAUCGUCUUCCCAGAUAUAAGACUGUCCCAGCUCGGGAUUGGAGGUAUGAGCUCUAAUGCGACGACAGCUGAGGCUGUCUCGGCAAUGACUGACAGUGUCACGCAGAGCAGUGGCAUGGGGGUUACCAGCACCAUUGCCAGUGGAAUCAUUGAUAAUGAGAAUAACGAGCCGAUUUUUUUACAAACACGAGCUGCUCAGGGCAUCUCGGGGGCCUUUGUCUGGCUCGCUCUGUUUAUCACUUGCCAACAGAUCUACCAACACCUGAGGUGGUACACAAAUCCCACCGAGCAACGAUGGAUAGUCCGCAUACUAUUCAUCGUCCCAAUCUACGCCACCUACUCCUGGAUAUCACUCCUAUUCUUCAACAGCGAGGGCUACUACGUGUACUUUUUCACAGUACGCGACUGCUACGAGGCAUUUGUAAUAUACAAUUUCUUGUCCCUGUGCUACGAGUACCUGGGUGGUGAGGGUAACAUCAUGUCCGAGAUACGUGGAAAGCCGAUAAGAUCGAAUUGUCUGUACGGGACAUGGUGUCUCGUUGAGAAGACCUACACCAUUGGAUUUCUGCGAUUCUGCAAACAGGCGACUCUGCAAUUUUGCUUCGUCAAACCGGUUAUGGCAUUUGUCAUAAUAAUCCUGCAGUCAUUCGGUCAUUAUCGUGAUGGAGACUGGUCACCCGAUGGUGGAUACAUUUAUGCCACUAUUAUCUACAACAUCAGUGUUUCACUCGCUCUUUAUGGACUGUUUUUGUUCUACUUCGCUACGAGGGAUUUACUGACGCCUUUCGAACCUGUUCUCAAGUUCUGCACGGUUAAGAGUGUCAUCUUUCUGUCAUUCUGGCAAGGAGUUCUUCUCGCUGUUUUUGAAAAGGCAAAUGUAAUAUCACCAGUGAUCGACAGCAUGGGACAUGCCACAAACACAGGAACAGUAUCGGCUGGCUAUCAGAAUUUCCUUAUUUGCAUUGAGAUGCUCUUUGCAGCGAUUGCACUGCGUUAUGCAUUUCCUUAUCAGGUGUACGCAGCUGGCUGCGUGACAGACUCGAGAGGCCGAAGUGUCACGAUGCAGAGCAUCAGCAGUAGCUUGAAGGAAACGAUGAACCCCAAGGACAUUAUGACCGAUGCCAUCCACAAUUUCCAUCCCCAGUAUCAGCAAUACACGCAGUACAGCUCUGGUGGUACAAAGAACCAACGUGGAAUGCGAGUAUCAAGCUACGACCCCGAUGAUCCACAAAAUAUGCCAGUACCACCGCCCCAAAGACGAAAUACCUCGCACCAGCGUGUCGCCACGAUCUCCCAAAAUUACAAUGAAAAGACAAUGCUGCUGAGCAGUGACGAUGAAUUCCAAUAGAACACUUGGAUUUCACCGAUGGAGCCCACCAUGACAAUGAAAAUAAUUUAAUGAAAAUAAUGGAAAUGGUAAGGACUUGAAACCUAAACCCGAGGAGAUUACCGAGAAGAAUUCAAUAUCUCCUGUACUUCAAUGGAGUCAUUUAUUCGCUGCAUUUAUUUUUCCAUAAAUAAUAGGGAAUUUGAAUCUCGCUCGAGAAUAAAUGCGCUAGUGACUAGUUGAAUUGAAAAAUGUUGAAGUUGGUGUGGAUUACGUACAUUAUUCAUUGAUAAAAUCAUGUUUAAAGAGAUGUUAUUGCGUUGCGAGGUAUCAUAAUAGUUUAGGAAAUUAUUCAUAUUGUUUUUUUAUUGACUGGUGGUCAUCAGAGCUGGGUGGUACUCCCUGAAAAUCGAAUGUAGAAAUAUAUUCUGGGCAACUAAUCUAGUAGCGAAGCGGUGUGAUUCAAGGUGAUGCAGCUCUUCGCAGAGUUUUCGAGGAAUAUCUCCGAAUCUAAGGGAGAUACCGAAAUUUUCGUAAUUACCUUUUUUGUAGAGCAAA